UUGAAUACAUGAUUCUGGCCACGAUCAUCGCCAACUGUGUAGUACUGGCGCUGGAACAGCACUUGCCCAACGGAGACAAGACGCCUAUGGCCAAAAGUUUGGAACAAACCGAGCCGUAUUUCAUUGGGAUCUUUUGCUUUGAGGCUGGGAUUAAAAUCGUAGCUCUUGGAUUUGUGUUCCAUAAAGGAUCAUAUCUUCGGAAUGGUUGGAACGUGAUGGAUUUCAUUGUAGUCCUGAGUGGGCUCCUAGCCACGGCAGCAACACACUUCAACCUGCGGACUCUGAGAGCAGUCCGUGUGCUGCGACCUCUCAAGCUGGUGUCCGGAAUUCCCAGUUUACAGAUUGUGUUGAAGUCCAUCAUGAAGGCAAUGGUCCCUCUGCUCCAGAUUGGCUUGCUCCUCUUCUUUGCCAUCCUCAUGUUCGCCAUCAUUGGUCUGGAGUUCUAUUAUGGUAAACUGCACCAUACCUGCUACACGGAUAAUGCAGCGGCAGAAGAGCUGGAGUUGCAGUUUCCCUGUGGCACAUUGGAGCCUGCCCGACUCUGCCCCAAUGGCACCAUGUGUUCAUACUGGAUCGGACCCAACGACGGCAUCACCCAGUUCGAUAACAUCCUGUUUGCACUGCUCACUGUCUUCCAGUGCAUCACCAUGGAGGGAUGGACUACCAUCCUCUACAAUACCGAUGAUGCCUUAGGGGCGAUGUGGAACUGGCUGUACUUCAUCCCGCUCAUCAUCAUUGGCUCAUUCUUUGUGUUGAACCUCGUUCUCGGAGUGCUGUCUGGUGAAUUUGCCAAAGAGCGGGAGAGGGUGGAAAAUAGGCGGUCGUUCCUGAAACUUCGGAGACAGCAACAGAUUGAGCGGGAACUGAAUGGCUAUCGGGCCUGGAUCGACAAAGCAGGUGACAGCUCAGAGGGACAGGGAAUGGCAGAUGUAUUGUCACUGGACUUGCUCCACUUGCCCCACCUUGAUAAGCCCACCACUCAUUCCCCUCACAGGCCUGACCUAACUGUGCCUCUCUUCCUGUUAGAAAAUAAAUAGACUCCUCAGUGGAUAGUUGUCAGUAAGAUUUUUUUUUCUCUAUUAUUGUAAUAGUCACAAAAGAAAAUGAUUCAAAAGAACUUUGCUUUUGCACAGUUUUUCCCUAGCUUUUUUAAUAAUGGCAGUGAUGCAAAGAUUAGCCUUUAAUUGAAUUCUCCAUGGCAAUGCUGGAGGGUUGGUAAUAGCUUUUAGUCCUUCAAUGUUCUGCAUAAAUCGCACCAUCCAAUUGUCCUACGAGGUCGUGUAAGAGAGAAAAAAUACCAGAUUGCAAAAUAUACUGAUACAAAUGCCCCCCGGGGCACCAAGGUGGACGGGCGAGGAAGGUGAUGGCUGGAGGCCUGCAGCAGCCUGGGCUUGCCUGGAUUGGACACUGCUCAUAUGAAGUGGAGCACAGACUGCACUGUGAAAAUUCCACCAAAACAUGGACGAAUGGGGCAGUG